AUCAUUUGGAUUAUCAGAUUGUUGUGAAAUUGAAACAAGUUCAAUUCUUGUUUGUUAUUUUUACAGCAAAUGCCUCAGGGCGAUCGUUUUAGCCUUGGAAGAUGAUAAAAGGAGAGAAAGACCAGAAUCAACCAGAAAGGGAAGAAGAAGAUGAAGAAGAUAAAAAAAAGGAAAAAAGAAGCAAAAAUUGAGAAAAUCUUCUCAUAAUUAAGAACCAGUAGGAAGACUUAUUAGUAGUUUUUUCUGUUGUUGAGACGGAAAAAACUCUUUGCCCACUUAAAGGUCACUUCUUUGUUUUCUUUUUCUAAUUUCGCCAUUUUUACUCUUCAAAAUACAGAAUUUUUUCGUUUUUUUGACAAAUGUAAAAUAAGUUUUUUCGUUUAAUCAUGUUAAUUAAAUCAUCUCGAGUACUUGGUCAUGCAAAUAAACUUUUAAUUGUGAUCCUUUUGUUAACUUCUCUUGUCCGGUGUUGGAGUCAAAGUGUUGGUUCUCAAUCCGCUGUUGGUAAAAAGCAAAACAAUUUACUCACACCCGAGGAAUUUAAUGUUGUUAAAACUCGUGAAGAAAUUAUCGCUCUUGAGGACUGUGGUUUACCUCCUUCUGAUGGUUCGGGAUUAAUUGACCCAAGAAUUGGGGGUUUGGUUCCCGAAAAUGUAGAUGAAUCAAAUGGUUGUGAUGGUCGAACCCUCGAAGCUCUGGUUAAGGUUGAACGUAUUUCGAUGGGACAAACUGAAAGAGAUCGUAUAAUAGCCGCAGCCAUUGAAGCGGUAAAAACGGUUAGUAACUAUUCAUCAAUCGCUGAACUAAUGGAAGCUAAAUUGAGAUCUGUCACUUCAGCGCAAUCAGCAGCUAAAUCGACUAAAUUAUGGUUCACCUUUGUUGGAGCUAAAAACGCCUUUUCUGGUUCUCAUAAGUCAAUGGCCACCAAUGAGUAUAUCACCUUUGUCCUUGGUGGAUUAAGGAUUAAUACUCUUUCGGUGACCGUUGUGGUGCCCUCUCCAUGUACGAGUUCAGAUUUAAUAUCAACACCAUCUCCAGUUCGUCCUGGACCUUUUCCAACGGGUGGUGGCGAUUUCUCUGGCUCUGGUUACGAUAAUCAAGACCCUGUGAUGGUGAGAAGUGAUUUCGAUGAAUCAGUUAACUCUUUCGUUCUUUCAAUCCUUAAACCCUCAACUCGAUCGGGCGGAGGUUCGUCAAUUGUUUCACCAACUUUACGAUCAGAGAAAGUGUGCCAAUCUUUGGUCAACAAACUUGCCCUUAAAUAUGAAGAAUCUGUCGACCCAAGGUCAUGGAUGUGCUUCUCUGGUGCUCAACAUUCAGCAAACUUCAAAACCUUUACCGAUGAUAUUCCAGCGAUGAAGAUCAAAAUGGGCUCAACCAAAAUUCGAGUGAUGAAAAUGCCAAAAUUACCCAAAACUGAGGCUGAAGUUAUAAACGAGACCCGUCUAAACAUUGGCCUUGCUGUCGUUAACAACACCGAUCUUGACUCAUCUAAUGCCGCCAUGUUGGUCAACUUUGCCCAAGAAGGUGUUCAACAAUAUUCAAGCUACGCUGGAAUCGCUAAGCACAUUCAAGAUCGAGCAGGUCAACAAUGGCAGCGAAAAUUUCAUUGCACUGUUGGACUGGACACUCAAUAUUGGAUCUAUUUCUGGUACAAAAAGCCGUUCUUAAUAAACUUUACUCUCAACGAAUUAAGGAUCAUCGUUUAUUCACAGAAUUAGCAGUAACCAAUUAAACAUUGAUUUAAACGUCAACAAUUAGCUGAACAAACUACUUAUUAAAGUCAUGAAAUCAUCUCAGUUAUAAGAACCGGAAACUUACAACAUGAAUCGAUAACCAAUCAAUUGAUAAUCUUCAUCUUAAAUCAUCCCAAUGAAAUGUGAAAAAGACUAAACCAACAAUCAAAGAAUCAGUGAUUGUCAACAAAUACUCAUAAUUAAAUCAGUACUCAAUUUAAUUAAUUGACUUUUCUAAUUACCUCAAAGUGUAAAGUUAUUUAUAAUUUCAAUUAGUCUAUUACUUUAAUUGUAACAUUAAUGAAGUUGUGAUAGUUAAAAGAUUAACUCAAUGAACAACUUUUAAUCAAUUAAACGUAAAUAAUACAAUCAAUUAAUUGCUAAUUUCCUAUUGAUUAGAAAACAAAAAAGCAAUUUAAUCAUAAUUGUUUUUCUCACUCAUUGAUAAUAAUCAAUAAUCAGCAAGAAGAUGAGAAUAGAAAAUAAUAAGAAGCUGUUUAAUUAAUUGUUCCAAAUGAUCAACAUGAAUCACAAUCAAUUCUAACCUUAAUUUGAUUUAAAUUAAUUAUCCUUCAACCAAGUUCCCAUAACAAUUAACUCAAACGAGACAAUGAGCCAAAUGAAUACGAUGAAAUUAACAACAAUCAUUUUGAUAACCUUAAUUGUCGGUGAUGUUAAUUGUUAUUCUGAUACCGAUUUUCUUAUUUCAAUAUCAAACGAAUACAAUCCAUCUAAGAUCGAGAAACACUUUAAGGAGACAAUCAAACAACAAAUCGUAACAAUUAAAUCAAUUCCAAGUGAUUACAAUUUAACUAAUGAUCAAAUUGUCUUCUGUAAUUUUACCUUAUCAACUUUAAUUAUGCUCACUGAUUAUAUUGAUUCAUCAAUCCCAUCAUAUCAAACCUGUGGAUUUGCAACAUCGGAUAGAUUGAGAAACUUUAUUAAUCAUUACGAUAUAAUAAUUAAUUUAUGGAGAGAAGAGUUUAAAUCUACUGAUUUGGUUGAUCAACUAAUUGAACCUGAUUAUGAUUCCCCAGAGGAAUUAAUUAAAUCACUUGGAAUGGGCAGAGAACUUGAUUUAAUUAAGAGAAAUGCUUUACAAUCAAUUAAACGAUACAAAGCAAAUGUUGAACUUUUUUAUUCUGAAUUUUCCAGAUAUGAAUCAACUCUCGCUGAUUCAACAAUUAAACAACUGAAUUUACUCAUAACUGAAUUUGAACAAUUAAAUGAUAAUUCACUUGUUAUAAUUUCACCUAAUGGAUCUAUCAAUUAUCGACACCCAUCAACUUCAAUCAAGAAAGCAAUUAAAUUAGCUCUGGAAAGGUUUGCAUUAAUUAUUAAAUUAUUUUCUUGUUCAAAAUAUUAACAAAGUAAUUGUUUAAUUUAAGAAAAAAUUAAACCAAAUCAGCUAAUUGUUGUAUUUUCCCCCAUUGUAAUUAAAUCAAUAAAAAAGCUUGAUGAUAAUCAGAUCUAUUUGAAAA